CUGCAUAUUUAUUUAUUUAGCUUCAGUUCAGUAGUAUGUGGUGAUGCAGACGUAAUGCAGACGUGAUUAGUUGGCCUUUACGCAGCAACAACAUACACAGUGUGGUCCGAAGUCAAUAAUCAGUAAGCGGCAGCGGCUACUUUCCUAGUAAUAUAUAGGUGACAUACUCAUAUACCAAUGUAGUCACUUUUCACCUUUACUUUCACACACACACACUUACUGGUACACACGUAUUCAUUUUCACUCUUACUAACACACAAACACACACUACGCGUGCACACGUUUAGACACACACAUACACGUGUACACAAACAAACACACACGUGCACACAAAUAUAUAUACACACAUACACACACAGACCCACCCACCACACACACACACGUGUACACACACACACACACACACACACACACACACACACACAUUAUAUAUUUAUAUAUAUAUAUAUAUAUAUACACAUACAUACAUACAUAAUCAUAAAAAUGUGUUGUUAGGGGGUUUUCGAGUAUGUGUAAGUGCGCUAAUAAGACAUGAUAAGAUAUGCACACCUCGCUCCCGGAGUUUCGAUCAGAGCGCACAAAAUUGAGCAGUGUAGACAAUUUAAGACCAGGUUUAAUCUAUCCGGAUAGUACGUUGGAUGCAGAAGCUAGCCCACAUUGCAAGCGUGGCAAGGAUGGGUGCAAGGGGAUGUGUGUUUGCGCACAGGCAGUCUAUGCGCGCAAACACUUACAGAGUGUGCGUGAGUAUGAUACAGUGCCAAUUGUAGUACCAUCAGAGGCAAAGAAUCGCGUAACGUUCAAUGCGUACCCUAUCAUCGUACCGCAUAAUUCAGGGAAGGGAAAGGAUAAAGCCACCUCGACUGUAGCGGAUAAUGUCAGGCAGUAUAAACGCCAUGUCUCGCUGGCUUUCACUAGGGCCACCGCGCGUCUGCCCCAACGGCCGCAAAUUGGGAAGUCUGCCAAAAUUUGCGGUAACACACUUGUUAACAGGCUUAGUGAUAGUGAUAUUAUCUGUACUCCGAGUCUGAUGCACAGUCCCAGCGCAGAGAGUCGCACUACCGAGAGAAAUAAUAGCAUUAGCGCAUGUUCGAGUGAGAACUUAAGAUAUUCAGUCAGUGAUUUUGAACCCAAUGAGGGCAAGCUUGCGAGUAUCUCGCUGCCAAAUCUUGGUAGCGAAUUCGAACACCCUGAGGAUAUUUCUGAACGACCCCCGGACUCGAAAUGUUUGGGGUGUGCGUCGGUGCACAAAGGUCCUUCAAACGUAGGCGGACAUGAUAUGCGCACGUUCGGACAAGCGCAAAAUGAUAGUAAGCUUUCGUACGGUGCUGGCAUACGCAGUCGUAGCUUAGACGACGCUGAUACUGGAGAAAGUGUGGGUAAAACCUUGCGCAGACGGCAUACAUUGGAAGGUAGCCAUAUGUAUGAGUGCCCAGUAGACGACCUGUGUAUCGCAGAGUGUUUGGAUAUGUGCACUAGGUGCGCGGAGCACGACUCUACUACCAAUAAGUGUCAGAAUAUAUGCGUGCAUGUGUCGAAAUCUGCACCGGUUUCUCGGCGUACGGUCGACCGCACCAACGGUGAAAUGGGCCCAAUCGAGUUUUCUAACUCAGGCGGCAAAGUAUCCACUUCUGAGCUAGGCCAUGCUGAGAGGGAGUCUUCUUCGGAUUUAAUGGCGGGAUGGGAGUUAAUUGACAAGCGGGAUGUACAGUCAUACUCGGCAUCGGUGUCAAGCGAUCGACGAGCGGUCAGAAAGUCAAGUUCGCAGACACUGCAGGAAACGGGAAAGACGCUUGAGAGUGACAACACACAGUUCAAUACAGAUUUAAAUACCGGGUCACUCGGGGCUACCGCGAUCGAAACAGGCCAAAACAUGAGUGCGACCGGCAUUUAUCCCCUAGCUACAAUCAACGAGAACGAUAGGGGUGCGAACGUGCAUCUGAUAUCUUCGAAGGAUCAAGGGAAAACAAAUGUGGUGUUUGGAGUGCAGCCUCAACAUUCGCAAAGUGCCACGAACGUUGCACCCAUGUGGUUUCAAGCGAUGUCCGCGGAAGCACAGGAAGCGAUCGAACCCAUUGGCAACAGCGGCUCUGAGAACGUACGGGAAGAGUGUGAAGGGGACUUUUCUUUUGCCGUGAGACCUGGUUUUAAUGUGAGGCUGACGAGAUGGUUCAGCGACUACAACCGCAUGCGCAAACUAAACCUCUGGGUUUAUCUGUUAGUCUGGCUUCCGUUAUGCAGCGCACUAUACCUACCCGCGUAUCUGAUCAACUCUCAAUCCUUGCUUGAGUCGUGGACUAACAAUGAAGACAUCGCAUACGGGUCAGCCGUUCUAUGUUGUAUGAUCACACUAGUCCCAGCGCUCGUGAUAUCGUACUACUUGCACAUCUACAGAGACCGGCCCAUGGUUAAAAGCAGGGGGAGGGAGUUCCUGUUUCAUUUAUUCUUGGGAGGUAUCUUCCCCUGUAUCAUACUCAGUUUCAUAGAAGUAAUAGUUUUCGCUGCACCCGGGGUACCCGAGUGGGUUUACUAUGUGGUCGUCGUGCUGCAAAAUUGCACGCUUAAUCAGUUCGUGAUUGCCAUCGUCGCAAGGCAGCGUAUGAUCUAUCGCAUCUUUGCGGCGCACAGCUACCAGCUCUCAUUCUCCUAUGGCUGGUUCACGUUUUUGCUUACCUGCUCUUGGGCGCUGAGCGUGGUACCCUUCAGUGUGGUGUUUUUCAUGAAUGCUAGAGAUAUCGAAAGUAGAUACUCGGACGCUCAGUUUACAAUAGGGUGGGCGGGAUCCAUUGCACAAACCCUGCUGUACUGGGGCCUGUUUGUGUACUACUCGUACUUUUCGAGAGGGGCGCACGAGAAGUUCAGUGACUUCUAUCAAAACAUCCGACUGGCGAUUUUGUCGCCUACGCUUUUCUUGGCACUCUUCAUUGCCGCGAGUUUCUACCAAUACUCGCCGUACGCUAGUCUGGUAAUCCCGUACCUCUCCUGGUUUAUAAUAUCACUCUAUAUGGUUGACAGUUUUCCCGUGCCGCUGUACCUGUGUGCAAGGGGUGUAGACUUGCACAUAGAAUUGGCCGAGGAGCGGACUCCCGGGAGUGCCCCUGUGCGCAGUGAAUUCGUACAAGCACAGAUGAGCCAACGUUUGUCACAGGCCUCAAAUGCAAGGCGUGGUGUAGUUAAAUCUGCGUCUAUGUCUAUGCCGCGUUCUCAAAGUCUAAUGGAGGAUAUUACUGAUGCGACUAACUCAUCCGGUGGUGUAGCUCUAGAUUCCGGGGAGACCCGAUCGGAGCAACUGCGACCCACAUGCACGGUUUGAACACAACCGAAUCGCGUAGUGACAGAAAUGUGUUGACUAGGUGACUAGGCAGUGUGCAACACAGAGACGAUGCAAUGUUUAAAGAAUUUCGAUGGCGAUUACAGACACACAACACACGCCUGGAUGGAGGCAUACCUUAAAUGCCAAGAACUCCAUCAAAUACGCCUGGAUGUGAUAUGGUGCGCUAGGGUUAUUUAACUUCAUAGCUUGCGUUCAAUUGUUGCAUCUGAUUCACCAAUGCACUUUUUAUGAGGAGUGCAUCAGAGUUGACAACCAAGCUGGCUUAUGCAGAGAGACAGUGUUACAAGUCAAGCCACAAAUGGCAUCGUACCUCCAUUCAAUGGCAAGCAGCCGCACAACGCUGGAGCUAUGAUAUGAAUUGCGUAGUGCCACGCUUAGUUCGCGUGCAGGCACCCAGAGGUUCACAGCUAUAUGUUGUACUCUAUGCCCUGGACGUGGGUUGAAUAUUAUUUUCUAGCAGUGGGGGGUAGUAGAGGUUCUCAGACCUAGGCGAGGCUAGCAUGAAUUACAGGACUGCGAGGAAUGAUUUUACGAGCGUGAGCCUGUAGAGUGUGACGAGAUUACAUGUAAUCCGUAUCAGUACGUUAAGAUCUGCAUUGAAGACAAAAUGAGUGUGCUAGUCAAGUACCGGGAAAGUAUAAUGCGCCGGCACGCAUAUUCUACCACCAAAAUAUUAUAGUCUAACAGUCUAAAAUUGAGAGUAUGUCAUAGCAUAGGAGCGUUUAUCCUGAGAAUUGUUUGGCAUGCUGCAGGGCACCAUCUACGCUCUCAGGCUUGUCCCGACAUUUCUGAUAUCGCCCGAGUGCCGCACGUUAUCGACAAAGAGUUGUGAGAUUAAGGGACUCAACCCGUCACCAUACUGACAGUGUUCGUACAAAUACCAGACAACGGAAAUUAAUACAUCUACACUUUUGAAUGCUUUUGUUUGAAUUUUAAAAUGAAAUAUAUAGUUCCUCUAUACGCUUGGAUUCAAUAAAUUAAUACUGCGUUCGCACGCUUCAAUUAA